GUCGCCAUUGGAUAGCGGCGCUGCCUCUGUCACUUGCCGAGCGACGCAAAUCGCGUUGCAAGAUCGUCUCCAACUCUCGAAACCUGGCUUCGAGUGCGUGAAAACCCGAAGCGUGACUUCGUCAGGAGGUAGAAGUCGUCGAGGGCGACCCAACAGAGCACCAACGUCGGUGGAAGGAAGGCUGCAUCUUCACCCUGGGAAGACUGGUCGAUUCGCUACGUCACGUUCGUCCUGCCGGGAGAUACGGCGUUGGAAGUCAAUUAAGAUGGACGACGACCCAGUCCUUCAGCCUGAUGACCAUCAUUUGCUCAGAUACUACGCUGCCAUAACCAGAGUUGUGCAGCCAGCCAUGCAUCGCGUCUUCAUAUUGCUCAGUCCUGACGAUGGGAGAUCUGAAAAGGAGCUUCUGUUUGCUAUCAGUGGAUUCUCGCAGAGGAAAUACAAAAAACAUUUCAGUGAGCCAGAAAGACAAAGACUAGACGAAGGGAAACCCAGCAGUGAAUUUGAUAUAUCACUCCUGUACAAACUACUCCAGAGGGUUUGUGGCUUAGCAGAAACUAACGAUACCAAGUGGAAUGAUGCUGGGUCACUUGAACAUUCUCUCAAAAGACUGAAAGAUCAUAGAAACACUUUAGCCCACGAGCAGAUUUCUCUUACCUCUGAUGAACUCCGAGAAAAGAUCAGAGAUAUGGAAGGGUUUUGUCAACAAAUUCUCGAGGCAGCAGGUCAACAAAGGAAUUUACCGGUUGCUGAAGACUUACAAAGAAUGCACGAUGGGAUGGAAGAGGCAAUAUCAGGAGAAAUAGACCUAUGGGAACCUUAUAAGACUGCUUUGGCCAAAUUAAGAAGUGAGCAAGCCACAGUCCUGAUCAGGGAAGGAAGGAAAGAUAUUCAUGCAAUUGGCAAGAAUUUAAUGAUCCUAAAUCCAUUCGUGUGGAUGAUUGAUUCUAAAUAUGCCAACUUGAAUUUGAAGAGUGUGUAUACAGAGAAUAGGAUAGAAGGCAAGGGCAAUGUCGAUAUACAACAUCUGUUGGUGUCUGCUUUAUCUGAACUUCAACCAGAUGCAUUACCUGACGUCAUUGCAAUAUCUGGUACUCCCGGAAUGGGCAAAACGAGUUCGUUCCGCUUUCUAGUCCAAGACUGGCUCUCUUCUAAUCCAACCACGCUUGGAAUGGAAAACAUCGAUCUCAUAGUGCCCGUCGUAUUGCGACAUGUGUGCAGCGAUAAUAUCAAGGAUUUGGUUAAGGAUGAACUUCUGCACAAUGUUGCAAAACAUCUGCAACCAGAUGACAUCAUCUCAGCUCUGAAGAAUGUUUCCUUGCUUUGGAUGUUGGAUGGGUAUGACGAAGCAAGCACAGGAACCAGAAAAGUGGUCAAGGAAAUCGUUCAGAAGUUUCCAGGUUCCAGAAUUAUGAUUACAACUCGAGAAGAAUUCAAGAAUGAAAUUGAAACUGAGGUAGCUUUAGUAGGUCGCUCUUACUUAAGUGUUACUCUUGCUGGGUUUUCUGACAAAAACUUACGAGAAUAUGCUGAAAAGAUCAUUUCUGCUUCUGUUCAAGAUCCACAAAAAAGAAACGAUACACUGAAAGAGUUCAUGGAUUUGGAUUUCACUGAAAAUGAGUACAAUCUGGAUAUACUGCGUGUUCCUCUAUUUGCAGCUAUCACAAUUGCGCUGUGGCUCGAUUCCCCUGAGAAUGUUUUCCAUAUAAAGACAACUUCUUCUCUAUUCACUCUGCUUGUUGGCCACAUGAUUCAAAGACUCGUAAUACGAGAAUCAUACAGAAAGUUGAAUCAGACCAUAUCUUCCUUAAAAGAGAAACUCAGUAGAUUUUUUGACUGCAUUGGCUUUGUUCUUUGGCAGAACUAUGAUCACUUCAUUCUUCACCAGUAUGAAGUAGACUAUUUGCAAGAGAGGUGUUCAGAGCUUGGGCUUCCAUUUAAGGAUUCAAUGUCAGCUUUCUUUAUUUAUGCUGAAAAGGCUACACCUCUGGGCAUCGUAGAAGAAUACACAAUCAUCCAUCGUGAAUUGAUGGACUUCUUGGGAGCGAGAGCAUUUGCCAACAAAAUGAUCUGUGAGGGAUGGGAUGUGAUGGAGACUGCUAAAUAUUUCAUCAAAAGCAAGAGAGAAUUAUUACUGGAACAUGAACCUUCACAUCGUAGGCUGGAUGGGUUGUACUAUAACAUAGACAAUUUGUCUAUGGAGUUGCCCUGUGAUAAAUACGAGACCUUCUGUAACAAACGCUUCAUGAUGCCACUAGAUGUUUUUAUCAGAAAAUAUUACAGUUGUUAUAUGUGUGGAAGGUCCGUUACGGAAGAAAAAGUAAGCAAAGAUUAUUAUUUACAUAAAGAUGGUUUUCUCACAACACUUAAAUCAACAAACUUCUGGUGUCACGUAAAAUUCGAAUUGUUUGGCCGGUGGUUCGCCUAUGUUUUGGGAUGCCUGAGUCUCAGUCGACAGCUGAAUGAAGAAAGGUGUGAACAGUUUGCCUUUAUUUUUAGUUCAUCCACAGGUCCAUUUCUAAACAUAUCUUACAUCUUAUUAGGACUGAAUGAAGCUGGCGAUGAUUUGUUUGUGAAAAAACUAUGCAAUUACGUUAAUCGUAAAACGUGGGCAUUCAGAGAUAGUCCCUGGUUUUCACACACACAAACAGUAAAAUUGUUGAAAUACAUUGAGCCGAAGUCAGUCUUUCUUCAUCUUUGUGGAAUAGGAGAUCCGUGGAAGUUCUUAAUUGAUUACAUUGAAACAUUUGUUAAAUGCCACUGUGAGAUUCACCUUGACCUGCAACACUUCUUCCACAAUGCUGUCCCAGAUUUAGAGUUGGUAGUGACAUCUCUAGGCCUAUUGCUCAGCGACACUUCCCGUUGCCGACUUGUAACAUUACGAAGUGUUGUCGACGACAAAGCACUGAUGCUCCUCAAGAGAUCUACUUACCUGAGGGAGUUAUCUCUGAUGUACAGAGGGGAAGACCUUCGCCAUAUGUCGGAAUUAGUGAAGACGUUGCCUGAACUGAAUGUUUUCCGAUUGGCUAUGGAUUUUCGCUGUUGUUCUGGCAAGGAGCUGCCCGUUCUCAUUGGAGAUGAGGCGGAGAUUCCCGAGCUUGGCGUCAUUCUUACUGACGUUUUCAGCUACGAUCCUGAGCUCGUUGCAUCGGCCAUUAAGAAAUUAUUUCCAAAUCCGUUUCAUGUGAUCUUACGGGGUAGCAUUUCGACCUUUGACCAAGAAAGAAUGUGGACUUACAUUACUCGUGUCUUGGAAAAUGUUUUGAAUGUCAAUAGCUUACAAUUAUUACUGGAAGUUCCUGACGAAUUUCAUCGGCAUUCUUUUAUCAUAAGACCUAUUGUACAAAACUUGGAAAGAUCCUCAAACCAGCGCUUCUCCAGUACUACGAUAAAAUUCAAAUUUGUCGACACCGCAGGGCUUGUAUGGGACUAAAGAAAGAACAACAGUAGUAUAUUAUGAAGUAGUUUUAAAAUUAGAGUGUGUUUAUACUUAUGCAUAUUAUUAUUAUUAUUGUUGUAGUUGUUGUUCACAAUAGUAUCAUCAUAUAUCAUGUUUUAAAUGUAUAUUACUAAAAAUGUAAUUGAGAAACAGGACGGUUCAUAGAUCUAA